AUGUUAACUAUAUGGAAUAUGUUAGGGUAUUUUUAUAUUUUAGAGAAUGAUUAUUAUUAUUAUUAUUAUUAUUUUAGAAUAAGUUAUUAGUAAGCUUGUAUAAUUUUUAUUUUCAGAAGAAGAUAUCAACAUAUUCACACCUCCUUAGAGGUUUCUUUGAGCUUAUUCUCUCACCAUACACAUCUUUAUAAUAUUUUUCUAAGAAACUCUAUGAAUCUUUUGAAUAGUAAAAAUCAGCUUCAUCAUCAUUUUUUUGAUCAGGAAGCCUUUUUUCUCUGCUUGACCUUUGCUACUUAAUUAUUUAUUCUUAAGCUUUAUCAAGAUUAAGAUUGUAAACUAUCAUAAAAUCAGAAAGCUGAGACUUAAAAUUAUUUUUUUAGUCAAAAUCAUAGGAUAGAUUGUGAAACUCUACUGAAAAAGGGACAUUGUUCAGUAUUAUAUUAUCAAAUGUAAAGAAUUACUGCUUGCCUUUUAUAAUAAUAGGAUCUUUGGGUAUACUCCAAGGCAAUGUCAAACAAGUUUUAAAAAGUGUUCUUAUCUUUUCAUGAUAUAAGAAAUACUCAAGCAAACCAUUUCUUAAGAUUUGCUAUUUUUUUUCUUGGAUUGAUAAUCCUACAACUUCACAAAAGCCCUUAGAAAAACCAUAAUAGGCUACUUACGGGGAGCCAAAGUUUUCCCAGUUAACUUAGUACGUUUUAAAAUAAAAAUUUUUGCGAGGAUCUUUUCCUAAGAGGAUUCUCUACUUUUCUUCCAUACUAGCCUAUGUCCUUUAUUACAGGAACUCAGGUGAGAAAUUUAAUUUUACAUCUUACGCGUCUAUAAUUAUGUUUUAAAUUUUAUCAUAAUAGGCUUUAAUACUCAAGGCUAGUUCGUGAAGACGCUAGCUGCCUUUACUUUCUAAUAAAUUAAUUAAAUAGUUGUGAUUAAAAGAACAGUCCGAAUAGCUGGCUAAAGAGCAAUCAAUCAUCGUUCCAUUUCUAAAUGUUUUGA